AUGCAGGAGAAGGGUAUGGUGACCUGGUGGCCCAUGGCAUGUCACGUGGACCGCCGCCAAGGCAUUCGUGCGGACACCCAGAACGAUCCAUCCACAUCACCUGGACCUGGGCACAACGGAGUCGAAGGCAACGAAACAGCGGACCGCUUGGCUAACGAGGGAGCUAGAGCGCCCCAAACCCCAUAUUCAAUCGCACCAUACAUGGGCGAAAGAACAGGCAACUCGCAAAACCAUACGUUCAUGGAAGAAAGCAUGGUACGAACACUCGGAAUCACGCAACUCGAAAUAUUACAUACCCCGCCCACCCGCACUCAAACUACCCCAUAUUCAACUCAAGCAAGCUGGGCAGGGACAUCGAGUGCCGCCUCGUACAAUACCUCACCGGACACGGGCAUUACGGCGAGUACCAUGCACAAUUCCACCACGACGUAG